AUGACGACGAAACGAGUCUAUACAAGGCCACCAAAUUCGCAGGCUCCACGCGACCAGAGUCAGCGCCAGAACUCGCCAGAGAACCGGACUCCGCCCGCAGUGAGGCCUGAGCCGCGCGUCCACGCCGCGCCGGCCCCAGACGAGGCAGCAGCGGGCGGCUGUCCGCAGCCCCCGAGGCCCUGCCCUUGCGCUUCCUGCGAAUUGCUGCCUGUUCCGAAAGAGGCAGUAUGUGGGGGGAGUGGCUCUGCUUCUCGCUCGGCACUCGAGACCCCAUGCCGGGGACAAGCGCCUUCGGCAGUUGAACGGGAGCUGGCGAGGCCGCUCACUGCUGCCCCCGACGACCAGUCAAGCCUCAGCCAGAAGCCGCGCCAGCAAAGCACAGACCGUCGCGAGAAGCAAAGGGAAGGACACGGGGAGACUCUCGGCGCUGCCUUGAGGGGCCUGCGAGCCGGGAAGAAAACCCAGCCCCCGACAGGGUAUGUCGAGUUGUCAUGGCCUGCGCCGGAGCCCGAAGGCGCGCAGGCGCCGCAGCAGGCUCUUAACACAUGGGCGACUUUGGAAUCUGCCACGGCCGCAGACAGUCCCCGGCGUGCGCGGGCAUUCACGGCAGCGGCCGUUCACGGCGAACGUCGAAGCGCUUGGGAACGUGCAGCUCUGGCCAGUUCCAAGGCGAGACGACAGGCGUCCUUUCCCCGGAGUGCUUCCUGCGCCGAGACGCAUGCGCCAGAAACUGCGGUAGUCGCCUCAAAAUCGAAAGCUUCGCAGGCGCCAGACGUUCUCUCACCCUCUGCACCGAGCGAAAGACCUUUUUGGAAAACCCUAAAGUCGCCUCCAGCGCCUCCACGGCGUCGUACGCCUCGACUACCUUCGCCAGCCUUGACAAGUGGUUCGAGUGGCGCGGGCUACCGCCGAGCUUUAGAGAGGCAACUGACUGUUCUUGAGCAUCGCCUUGCCGAGUUCCUUGGAACCCUCGCCAGCGCUGCUCCCGCCUCCUUAGCUGCCGCCACUGCAGCGGUCGCCGCGGGGCCUCCCGGGGGGACUGACCUGGCUUGCCCGGAGCCUGACACUGAAGCGAGCCCCGCGCACACCUUCCGCUGCCCCCAGAGGGGGGGUGUCUCUCCUGAAACAAUGCCUCGACUGCGGGGCCUCGACCAUCAAGUUGGAAAGGAACACACGACGGAGAAUUUAGGGUGGAGUGGCACAUGCACGCCGAUGGCGAAGGGGAGACGUGCAGCGCCACGGCAGGCGCCUCAAUGCGCGUACUCGGAUGACUCAGAAGAAGGUUCAGCUUCCCUGUCAGCGGGUCCUUCAGACAGCGCCUCUCUAUGGACAGACGCCGGCGACUGCGGCGGAGCUCCCUUGGCUUUUUCGCCACCGACGGCGCCGCAGGAGUGGCGAGCUAACCGUGUCGACACAGGGCAACGGGGUGCGUCGCCGCAUCUCCUUGGCCUUCUCCAUCGUGAACAGCCGCCUCAGGACAGCAUCCCUUCGCCGUCUUACACAGUUUGCAUGCGCCCUCGCAGUGUCUGCGCCCCUGGCAGUGAGGCCAACCGCUGGGCUGCAGGUGGAGGAAGCAGCUGUAGAGGCAGUCCGAAAUCCAGCGGUGGUGCAUCCCAGCGCGCCACAUCUGCAGAGGGGCCCUCUGCAGGGGGGCUGGCAAUGGCCUCCUUCGCAGGCUCCGCUCUCUCUGGAGAGGGUCCGGGCGCUGAAGGGCCUGUAGGGCGACGUCAGAGUGGCGACGCGCAUGCCAGGUCUUCAACCGAUUCUCGGAGCGGCGCGCGUAUCUGCAGAGGUGACGAGGAUGCAGAGGGUGUUUCCACGCAGCCUAACGGGGCAACUGCGUUCAGGAAAAGACUGCGAAACGCCACCCCGUCCGCCUUGCUUGCAGGUCUGGCCGUGGACUGCUCCCGUGGCGGCGGAACGAGUCCCUCUACCUCGUCUCCAGCGGCCCAUCCUCGCGACCAGCGACCGCGCGCAGGAGUAGGGGAACCGCAGAUCUGUCAGCGGGAGACCACACACUCAAGAGAGGACAGCGAUUCGAUGCCUCACCAGCUUGCGCCGCUUGCGGCGAGCACUUCCACUCCGUGUGGGACCGGCCUCAAAUGGUCUGGAGAUAGGGCGGCGCGCGGCGAAGCGAGUGACCCCUCGCCGCUGUCUCCGCUGCUGACCCCUUCGGCAGAGACGGGUGGCGCAAACUUCUCGCUCAGCUCGCCUUCCACAUGCAGCCUCUCAAGCCGGAGGCUGUUUCUGUCGCCUGCACUUUCGGGCUGCGAUGAGUGGCCUUGCUCGAGUUUGGCGACGCCCUCGACGGCUGCGACCUACACGCACGACGCGUCAACGUCUCCAGCGCUAAUUUCACAGGACUCCGCUCGAGCGCCACAUCUCAAGGGUGUCGGAGACAGCGCAGAGAGCGGUCUGAAGAAGAAGAAAGCGGCAUAUGCUGACGCUCAGAAGAACAAACUCCACACACCCUGCAGCGCUCUGUCUUCAGGUCUCACUAAAGAUCAUUCACCCCUGUCAUCUGAGGACGGCAUCUCCCUUAGAUCGAGCCCGCUACUGUCUCCCCCCUUGGCCUCCACGCGGUCGCUCUCCUCACCCUCAGUGCAGCUGCCGUCGGAUGCUCCCUCGCGGUCGCGGUUCUCUCUGCUGCGGCUGCGCAGGCCUCCCGCCUCCUGCGGAGACGCGGGCGGGGGCAGUAGCGAUACGCAGCCAUGGAAGGCGGGUCACAGGCGGAGGCAGUCCGCGGGUCUCAUCCCUCGCCUUGCAGGCGGUUCCGCUGCGCCUGAAAAGGCCCCGAAGGCCUCUACGGGGUACAGCAGCGCAGACGGGCAGAUCAGGCUGCAGCUUUUUCAGAGCCUCCUCGUUGUUCUUCGGUGCCUGGAUGAGGUGAAAAGUCUGCGACGCGGCGCAGAAGUCUUCGCCACACAUGGCGCCGCCUCUCCGCGGCCUCUCCAUCAAGGCAGCGGCGGCGUGUCUCCGGCAGAUGCCGUGUUGGCUGCCACAGCGACACCCCCGCGCGAGCCGGCAGGCCCGUUGGAGGGCGAAGCAGAGGGACGGCGAGAUUCGUUCGCCUGUGAUCUGCGUGGUGUCCUCAAAAGACUCGCCGACGUUGCCUCGACAAGCGUUGAGGCGGCGGCGACAGCAGCUGCGCUGGCCGCCCUUCCUGCCCCGGCAGACGCUCGGUCGACUUGGACUCCCAUGCGAGGGAUCGCCCACCGGAGACAGGAGAAGACUCCCCGCAAGGACGAGGUUUCUUGCCGCUUUUCUGCUGCAGUGUUCGCUGUCAGCGAGGCGGCUGCGGACGCAGCGGCUUGGGCUGCGCGGACUCUAGAGGCGGAACGUGAGUCGCGCUCGCCAGCGAGGCUUUUCUCAGUUAACAGGCACGGAAAUGGAGACGACGUAGAGGCGAUCAAUCGCAGCACGCGUGCUGGGCAUCGGCUUGCCGCGAGAAGCCAUUCUCAAUCCAAAAGGAGUCACUCCGCGCCUGGGCGCGUGCGAGGCAGGCCGACAUCCGACUGCGCCGAAGAAGAAACUGCGGCACAGAAGACUGCGGGCGACGACGGUGGAGGCAGGAGAGACAGUGAAGGCACUGGGAGACGCGUAACGCCACGAGGCCCAAAGGGGGGCCGCGCGAGUGGCCGCCAGGGGCGAGCCUGCAGAGAGGUCGCGGAGGCGUGCACCGCGAGCAGGCACAAGGACGGCGGUACGAAAUCUCGUUCUUUGUCCACCUCCGGAGCCUUUGGCCGCAACGGACACUCGUCGGGGCCGUCCCACGGUUAUGCCCUGAAAUUGAGUGCGCAUCAAACCACUGCCGAUCGAGUGGAGGCGCCGGAGGGAGUCCCACAGAGAUCCAGUGAAGAGAACGGGAUCCACCGGCAGCGAAAACGUGCGCUCGCCCUUCUCGAAGGCAGCUGGGUGAUUCGUCUCCUUCCGCCAGCCUGUGGAGAGGAGCAUCCGUCGCCUGCGCGCGACUCCGAUGGGGCCACGGCGAGCGCGCGGUACGCAGCUGCGCACGUCCUUCGCGCCCUCGCUGGGAUGCGCAGGACGAAGAAGCCCGAUUCGUUCAAACGCGGUCGGCGAGACAGCCCAGCCUCCCAGGGCCCCACGUGCUCUCCCUGUCGGCCAGGAGGGGCGAACAAGGCGACCGGAGAAAGCGGAGAGGCACCGUGCCGCCUCCCCAAACAAGAAAAGUGUUUUCUGUUUGUCUCAGCCGACUUCGGCUACCUGUGCUGCGCAGCCGCACCCCCCCCCAGCGUCGUGCGAGCCGCUGCGGAGGCAGAAGAGGCUGACCGUGUCUGGAGCUCGCGGGCCUUCGAAGUUGAGGAGGCUCCAGGCUGCGGACCUGGGGAGACAAGGGCUGCGCAAAGGGCAGGGGAAAUCUUUGACGAGUUUGCACCCGGAAACUCCAGAGCGAGGAGUGACAAGCUGCAGAGAGGGCGCGUUCGUCUGCAUCAUGUGGAGUCUCUGGCGGGCUCGCAAGUCAAGCUUCCCUACGUUCACUCACGCCGUUGGAUGCCUCAGAAAACGGGCGAGGCUGACUCCACACAGGGGAGGCGGAGCAGCGGGUCGAGCGAGCAGGAAGGACAAGACGAGACACAUACCCCCGGUCGGGUUGCUCCCGAAGACAUACACGUAUCGGACUCGAGUAUGUCUUCCUCAGGCGGUCGUGGCGGCGACUCUCAGUCACUCGGCGCACAGAAUGCGUGUUCCACAGGCUCGCUGCAUGCACUGCGAGGCGUGUAUGGGUCUGCAUCUGACGGAGCUUCGCUCUCUUCUGAAGCUUCCCGUCUGUCUCCGUCCGCUCCUGGUUGGGGAGGGAAGAGUGCGGAAGCGGCGCAGUCCCCUGCAGCGGCGGAUUGUCCUAUCUGCAGGGGGGGCCUACAGGAGACUGGGCUCGGCGCCUCCAGAGCGCGGAAAGCGAUGCCCGCGCGUGGCAGCGCCGCCACGGCGAUGCUGCCUUCUUCGGGUUUUCCCAGAGGAAGCGGACAGCCGCGGCGAGAGGUUUUAGGAUUCUGCCGCUUGAGCCACUCAACCCUACGAAGGCCGCACGCGCGUGACCACGCGAGACGGAGGCUUGCCCCCGUCCUCGCGCCCUCGACCUGCGCUUGGGGAGAGGCGAAGACGCCGCACAGCCGCGUCCUCCUCCUCGGCGCGCAGACGACGCCUCGCGGGCCGCGCGCCCAGAGCGCCGACGAGAAGAAAUCGGGCGGUGCGGCGCUCACAGACACCUGGGAUCGCAGAGAGCGAGGGAGAGAAGCAGCAGAUGCCAAAAGGUCAGGCGCAGGAGAAGAAGCAGACACAUCAGAGCGCGCGGUGACGACUCGCCAUGGAGACGACGGAAAUGCGUCAGAUGCCAGCGUCGCCCCCUCAGUCCUGUGUGUCUCUCUUCCAGGCUUUGCGCCCUGCCGCAGAAGACAGGGAGCCAGUUCGCGCCAGGCGUGCCGACCGACGUCUCUCCCUGCGAAUGCCCGUCGCUCCGCUACCCGCGGCAGGGCCGAGGGGGGUGGAAGGCCCGCCGCAGGGGACAGAGGCCUUUUCAGGAAGCCCUCAGAAGGCGAGGCGAAUCUGCAGCCUCCAGCCGCGCUCCGCCGACCGUCUGCGAUCUCCGACAGUGGCUUGCCCGCUAGCCGCAGCGAGGCGAGGGAGGGCGGAGGGACUGCGAAGCAGCGAAGCCGGCGACCUGUUGAGGCCAUGAGAGACGGACGUCCGCGCGCUGAACGGAGACGCUCGUCUGCCGAAAGCCACGAGCGCAGGCUUGGCAGAGCCUCCGACUGCGACAACAUGCCUCCACGCGAAGGUCGGCGCCGGGCGAGUGCUUCAGACCUUGCGCUACCACUUUCUUCUUUCUCGCGCGACGCGUGGCAGCUCGUGCUGCCGCUCAGCGCCAUCGACAGCCUGGAGUACGGAUACUGCAGCCACGCGUACCGAGUCCUCCAGCAGAGCAAAUGCGCUCCUCUUCUCGCCAUCCCGCCCUACCUCUGUUGGUCUGUGCGCGUGCGAGCCUCCCGCGACGGCGCAGCGGACACUGAGCGAGAGGCAGAAAGUAGGAGUGGGAGCGGAACGUUAGCGAGGCAGCGACAAAGCGGCCAUCAAUCCAGCAAGCGACGCGUCAGCCCCCGCGACGCCAGCAAAGAAACAAGGCGUUCUCCUCUCCAGAGAGCUUGUGGAUCUCACCGGAAUUGCGGGGAGAGAACGGAGAGAGCUGCUCCGACCAUCAGCAACCCUACCAAGGGACGGCACGCGAAACAAAGCUGCACCACUCUCGAUUUCAUCGUCCUCAGCGAAGAGGACGCCGCCAAGUGGGUAGUUAGCCUGAACGGGUUGAUCCGCCACAGUCCACUUCGCGUUCUCUUCACCGCCGAAGAGUUCUCCCGCCAACUCCGCGUCAUGCGCAUGCACCACAUGCAAAGGCUUCGCCUCGAGUUUCUCCUCGCCCACACGAGUCUGUGCGCCGGGGGCCUUCAGGGCAAAGCUACGGUCUCAAAGCUUCUUUCUGACGGCUUUCUGCCGUCUCCUUACUUCGACUUCACUGCGGAGACGCUGACGUACGCGCGCGCAAACACCGGCUCCUCUGCGCAUCUCCUGCUGAGCGGCGGGCAGCGCCCGGUUUCCAUUCGAGACAGCACCACACUCCGUGACCACAGCAACCUCGCAGCGGAGAUUCUGGCGUUACACUGCGCACAAACGACGUCCGGGGCAGGCAAGCAUGCCCCGGACUUGGAAGAACCGAUCAGCCGAGGAGCUGAGAACGGGGACCAAUUUGUGGAGUUUGGGCCGCUGGGCGACGAUGCGUGUUGUCGACACCAGAACCCGCGAGGGCCUUCUGGAGCCCACACCGCCCUCGAUCCGCGAGAGGAGACUCACGAGACUCUUCGCGGAAGACGCCUGAGAACGGGUCGAUGUCCGUCUUCACCGCCUCAGUUAGCGGGCUGCGGCAGCUGCCGCAGUACCACGACGGGGAGCAGCGCUGAGUACAGCAGCGGAGAAGACGUUCCGCAUGCGUUGCCAGCGAGGACUCCCAGAAGAGGCCUGCCUCUCUCACGCGUCCCCGGGCUCCUAGCCCAAGACGACGUCGCCAGCGACAGCCACAGCGGCGCCGUCCGCCCUCCGGUGUACCUCGCAAGCUUCAGCCAGAGCCUAGCGCGCCUUGAUCCUCUUCAGCCGGAGAGCUGCGAUGCCACAGAGUUGUCUCCCUCUUCGCUCUCGCCGCUCUCGAUGGACGCGAGCGCGGAACUGAAGCACGCGGCCAGCAGAUGCCUUACGUGCGCCUCGGGGGGUGGAAAAGCGAGUGCGGCAGCGGCGCGCACGCAGAGAACGAGCGGUAGCUGUCAUCGGUGCGCCGACAUUCGCGCCGCAGCUGAGUUGUUUGUGAGGGCUGUGCGGACGAAAAGUGAUGGGGCGACGGCGCUUGGUUGCGCAUCUUACCUUGCUACAGAGGCUCAGACACCUUCACGGAUACUCCAUAAGAGGAAAGACGAGGCGAAGACGACACAGAUGCCGGGGCGCGAGGCGGGAGUUCUCCGUCAGCCGCAGGGGUCGCGCUGGACGUGGGUUUUCGAGUCUUCGUCCUCUCAGGGUCAGGCGGCUGAAGCUGGGGAGCGUGCGCAAGGGCAGGCGUCUCCAUCUCGCCAUUUUUUCUGCAUGCAAAGGCCAUUUCAUCCAGGCCAACUGCUUCAUGGAUUAGCUGCCGACUCCACCGCAGGGAGCGCGGGGAGGGAUGAGGCGAAUGCCUUUUCAUCUCUGGACUCUUCUGAAGCCCUCACGACGCGGUCGGUGAGUUCGAAAGGCGUCUCCCUCUCCGCGGCUUCUCCCAAGCUCGAGACUGGAAUCGCUGUGGAGCCUAUCGCAGGCACAGUUUCCGCAAACGCCUUUUUGCGUGAUGGGCACUGCCCUGUGCUGCCAGGGCACGCCUGGGCGGUCGCCGUCCCGCCCGCGGCGACGAGGAGCGCAGGGCGUUGCAGAAGGGAUGAAAUGGAUUCCGUUUCAGCGAACCAGAGACCUGCGGCGUCAGCGGGGGAAGCGACUUCCACUGGUCCCCAGCCUCGGCCACGGCCCCUGUCCCGAAGGCCCUUCAUCGGGGCGACCGCGGUUCGCGCCUUCUUGAGCCUCGUGCAACGAGGGUGGGGAAGAAGAAGAGACACCUGCGCAGGCACUGAUCCUCGUAGUGCGGGGAGUCUUGGCGUCCCUCUUGAAUCUUGGAUUUACGAAGGAGAGACCGCUGCUGGCGGGCAGCAUCCCCCGAGCCUUCCAUGCGUGGCGAGCCAAUGUACAAGCCCACAACCUUGCUUCGCCCUCAACUGCGCGGCGGCGAUGUGCCCUCUGUCUGCGAGUGCGGCUGCUGCCGGCGUUCAGGCACACGCAAAGGAAGCGAUGGGGUUCCCUCGCCCGACUCCUGUGUGUGGAUCCUAUUCAGGCUCUUGCGUGAACUCUGAGCAGUCUGCCUGGGGGCACACGCCUCGUGACAGCUUUGCCACAGUUUGCGGGCUAGAUUUCUAUGCUCAUGAGAACGAACGCCGUCUCUGCAUGCGGAACGGCGGCGCCGUGGCGCGCGAGAUAUCGAAGAAGUCACAAGAAAGCCCAGGCGAGGGGGCAGCGCUCGCCAGGGUCUUCGACGCCAGGCCGACGCCUGCCUCUGGCUGUCAUGCCGCAAAGAAGGGGGCGCUGAAGCGCAGCUCCAGUUUCUUCGCCAGGCGGCGUAGUUCGGAGAAAGUGACCGCGGCUGUGGAAGCCAAGAAUCUGCAGCGGUCUGCUUCCUGCUGCGCCGGGGAGGGCUGGCGGCCGCACGACAGCCACUCGCUGCCGCAGGCUCCGCGCGCUCACUGGAAGUGGGGCGUCAGCACAAACUCCCGACUGGAGAGCGAACAAGAGAGCUUUCCCCCACAGCGCUGCAACGCCCGACGUGGCGAGGCACGAGGGCCGAGACGCCCCGCUGGCAAAGAGUGCGGCUGUCUGCCUCCAGUCAUCGAGCCGGAGCGCGUCUCUGGGGAGAAGGCGCUCGCCAGUCUCCCUCAUUAUGGCAGCGCGUGUGCUUUCAGCGUGGCGCCCGCCGCGUUCUCCGUCGGCAUGCACUGUCUGCCAACCUGUAGCCUGGAAGGCGGCUACCCGUGCAUGCAGUGGGUCAGCUACCCGCUGGCAAGUUCGCUGGCUGGCGCGAGGCCCCCAGCGGCGGAAUUCCCGGAGACCGACGGGGGAGGCAGCUGGGUCACGGGCCCCUCGCAGGAGGAGGGUCCCGCCGCGGAGUGGGUUCGCCCGCUGUGUUGGACAUUUGGGCUGCCCCCUCCACACCCCGUCCACGUCCACCGCAUGCACUCCGCAGGUCAGGCGACCGGGAGCGAGCUUUUCUCCGUCGACUCCGCGGAGGCGUCAAGAGACGCAGGCUCUGGUGAAGGCGUCGUUUGGAGCGGGCAUGUCCCGCCUGUGCUGGAGCCCGGCGGCGGCGAAGGGACAGGGGUUGGGGUGCAGGCCCGCGAGGGCGCGCACACCUCUCCGCAGCACACCCCCAACUCGCCGGAGGCGUCGGUCUCUGUACAUUCAGCGAACCCGUCCAGCAUAUGUCCGCCCUGGGCAUCUGGAUGCCGCGGGCAGUCUCCAGCUGCUGCUGCGGGCGGGCUCGCCGUUUCACGUGCAGAUGCAGCGGGGAUAGGGGUCGACGACUCGCGCCAGCCUCAUGACUCAAUUCAGAACCCCGCCGCCGACUCUUCUCCACGUCUCCUGGCUGAAGAAACGCAGAGCAAGUCGCUCGCGACACCAGGGGUCGCAGACGAUGACGAGGAGGAAGUCCAGUUCUGCAUCUUCAGCGAAGAAAAGGGCACGUGA